AUGGCCGGCCCCGUAAAUCAUGUCGGUCAUGCUUGGCAUCGUCGGGCCGAAGCCAGACGGCAACAAAUUUCGAACAAUGAAGAGCUAUUUCGGCCGCCAAUUCAACCUGCAGUACCAUUAGCAUUCCAGUCGGCACGAACCCGUUGGACGCCAUUGGAGUUAGGCAGAAUGACAGUGAUUUGUCCAUCAUGUCAAGCUUUACAUUGGCUUAACGAGCGCGUGCAUGGGAGCUCAAUUACGCUACCGCGGUUUGAAAAUUGUUGCAAGAAAGGCGAUGUUCAAUUGCUGGCAUUGGAACAAGCCCCCGAGUACCUACGACAGUUCCGUAGCCAUGAACGCAUCGACCGUCAAGCUGGGGGGGUUACAUGCUUCCAAAUUCAUGGGGAGCUAUACCACCUUCAGGGGCCUCUCACUGCAGCAGCAAACGAUACGCCCGCUUUUGCUCAGUUAUAUUUCUAUGACCCACUCUAUGCCGCACAAUUGAGGCACCAUGGACAUCCAACUCUAGAUAUUGCGGUUUUGGAACGGUUGACGCAAGAGAUACAAAUAGUCAAUCCAUUCAUUCCACUAUAUAAGACGGCAAAAGAGAGAUUGGAAGCUGCGUCCUCACAAGAUGGGGAUGUACGUGUCUUACUCAAUCCGCAAUUGCGGUUGAUAGUGGAGAGUGGAGCGGACAAGCGGAGACACAAUUUGUCUACAAGCAAUGAAGUCGCUGCGAUUAUCCCGGAUGAAUAUGGUGAAGCAGGAUUCCGGGAUAUUGUCUUAGCACAUAGAAAUCCAGAUGCCAAUAGGCAGUUUAGUAUAAUUGAUCCUAAUCAUGCCGCUUAUAUGCCCUUACAUUAUGUUCUGCUAUUUCCAAAUGGUGAGAGGGGUUGGCAUUGGGACUUACGGUUGCGGGAUGAGUUGAACCGACGGAAGAAUUUAAGGUUACAGCAACGCGAAUUUUACAGGUACCGACUGCAUACCAGGACGACUGAACCCAUGACUUUGUUCCUCUCGCAACGCCUAUUUCAGCAGUAUUUGGUAGAUGCUUGGGCUGUUUGUGAUCAGAAUAAGUUGAAUUGGCUUCGACUGAAUCAGGCAAAUAUUCGGGCUGAUCUGUAUAAUGGGUUGGCGGAUAAUAUGCGGCAAGAGGACUUCAACCCGGAACAAACCGGGAAGCGUAUCAUUCUACCAUGA